AUGCGUUUAAAAAUGCGAAGAGACCUUCUUCAGCUCGUGGCAACUUUACUCACAGAUACAGGAGUAAACAUUUUGCAUGAAAACGAUCAAUGGAGCAUUUGGCGAUUCAUUAUACUCUUCACUUCAUUCCUUUCAGCAGGAUUGUCAACCACCGCGUUCUGCUUAAUCAAUACCAAUGAUUUCUACGCCUUCGCCAACCCUGCCCCAUAUAUCGCCGCAGCCACCAACGUUCUAAACAGCGCCUACCUUUUAUUACAUUACAAAAACAUCAUCAGCGAAAUCUUAUUCGAAAUGGAUCAGAAUUGUUACACGUAUCCGGACGAGCAUCUGCUUCAAAUCGAAUACCCUUGGUAUUUGCAAGAGUCCAACAUCAAGCUCAUAAUGGGAGUCAUGAAAUACGCCAUCUUCAACGUCGUAUUAAUGGUCAGUUUACCAGUUUUUGGAGAAUUGGUGUAUUACGGUAGGAUUAAAACGUUCAUAUAUCCUUUUUGGGCGCCUUGGAAAGUGGACAGUUUAAGAAGCGAGUUGAUGACGUUUGUACUACAAUUUACUCAGGCGUGUAGCGCCGUUUGGUUGAAUUACGUCGUGUCGAUUUUUUUAUUCUUCAUCGUGAUUGAGUUCAUGAGACAGUACCAAAGAUUGAUUUCUGCUGUUUCAUCUUUGGAACAUCGAACAUUGCAGCAAGUUGUGAAGGAAGAAUGCUUUGAUCGAGCAUUGCGAGAAAACAUCAUGCAUUGUGUUAGGCAUCAUCAAAUACUGCACAAGAAUUUCGAACGAUUCAAGAUCUGGUUCUCAAUGCUUUUCUCGGUAGAACUCGCCAUGUCCUUCAUAACUUUCGCGCUUGCUUUGCUCGUCAUGAUAAAUGCUUCAAGUCUGGGUCAAGUUUUAAAUUAUUUCACGGUGGUAUUCUUCAUCUGGAUUAAUCUACUGAUCAGAUGCUUGAUUAGCGAGAUAUUCUCAUAUUUGAACGAAAACCUUGCUGACACGCUUAUUUGGGAUGUAACAUGGUACAAGACAAACAAAGAAAACAGAACACUGCUUUUAAUGUUCCACUUGACAGCCUGCAAGCCAUUACGUUUAUAUGGACUAUCAGUUUUUGAAGCUACUCGGGUCACGUUUGCUAAAUUAGUUCGCACAACGUAUUCUUUCUUCAAUGUAUUGAACCUUUCUUUGAAAAAGUAG